AUGGGGCAACUGCAGCGACAACUGUGCCAGGGAGAAUUUGACAUGUUCAAGUCUGUCCUCAUGUUUGAGAGCGACUUUGUACAGAUCAGUAGACGGGGAAUGCUGUGCAAUGUGCAUGGCUGCGCCCAGAUCAUGACCGUGGGCAUAGCAAACACCAACCCCUUUGACCCAAUACCAAACAUCAUGCUGGUGGCACAGCUGGUCGGUGAUUGCGAAAAGCAUGUGGGGUGUGACCAGGGCACCGAGGGAGAAGGGGAUAAAGCUCCAAAGACCAUGGAGCUCACCAGGCUCCUCCCCUUGAAGCUGGUGAAGAUCUCCAUUCACAACCAUGAGAAACAGCAGCUGCGCGUGAAACUUAUUACUGGCCGCUCCUUCUACCUGCAGCUGUGGGCCCCUCCAGACAAGCAGGAAGAGCUCUUUGGCUACUGGGAAGAGCUAAUUUACCUCCUGAGGCCCCCGGUGGAAGCGUACAGCAGUACCCAUGCCGUUCCAGCCGGGGACCUGUUCAUGUCGGUGUUUGAGGAAAUGGAAAGGAGGAGUCCCGAGGCAGUAUAUUUCCAACUAAGGGAAGGUCAGGGGGAGGUCAGCACGGGGAGCAUCCUGGAGGCGACUGCAGCCCCCUCUGCAGCUUCUGCCGGGGGGAAGCGGGCCCAACAGGACUUCCACAAAGGCAUGGUAGUCACCAAGUCUGCCUCGGAACAGCUGAACACAGCCCUAGCAGGGGCAGCCACUGAGUGGCCUGGAGGACGCAAAACCAACGCGGCUAUUUCCGAUGCUGCCAACACGUGCCCUCCAGAGUGUACUGCCAGUGGGUCCGCUGUCCUCUCCCCGGAGGACAGUGUGAGGAUGGUGACUGCAGGAGCAGCACCGGCCAGCAAGAUCGGUGGAGGAGGAACUGGAGUGUCAGCUUCUCCGACUUCUGCUCCGACCCUGCAGAGGGAGCAGGCUGGGAGGCAGCUGCACCUGUCUCCGGCCUGCACUGAGGUCCCCAAGAAGUUCAGAAGGGAGCCCAGGGAGGAGAGCGCCCUCCAGAGCUCUCCGGCCGGCAUGGUAGCUGACAGCCACCAGAGGGCAGGUGGGGACAAGAUACCCCACCAACCAGGGGACAGCACCUCAGGCAGCCUGAGAGCCCCCGGAGAGGAGGAGGAAGGCUGCUGCAGCUCCGCAGACAGCAGGCAUGACACCACCUGCAAGGAGCAGGAUCGGCUCGCUGUGGCACAACAUCAAAGCCAGAGUGAGCAGCUGCACCAAGACAAAGAGAGGUGGACACCCUAG